AUGAUUUUUUUUGUUACAAACACAUUGACAACUGCUGGAACAAGCCUGAGGUCAGAACCAAAGCACAUUGUGUUUUUGUCACAGCUGCUUCUCCUUUUCAACUUUUGCCAUGUUUGUAAGACAGACAACCCUUCAAUAGAAGAAAGGCAAAUUGGAACCAAAGCAGUGGUUACAAGUACAUGCCAUAACCCAAAGUGCCCAAAGCAAGUGAACACUUCGCAUAGUCAGCCAAACAUGCCAAACUCAGGAAUAGCAGCUGGCAAUUUCCUGCUAUGCAUCGCUGUACUGCUAGCUGGAGGCUCUGCUACGAAAGUCUUCCGGAUAUUCUCACACAUGGGUCUUGGCUGUGUGUCCCUCAACACCUUCUUUAAAUUCCAAAGGGUAAGCCUAUUUCAUUGCUGGUCACGAGUACCAGUUAAUUGCAGGCAAUGAUAUAAAUGAAUAUUGUGGUACAGCUUAACUAAAGUGCAAAUUAGUUCCACACUACAGAUGUAAAUAAUAUUAUUAAAGUGAUUAAUUAAGAUUAAAAAAAAUUACAGAUACCAUGCAGUAGGUAAAUGAUAACGUAAUGUAUUUUUAUUGUUCUGUUUGAAAACAUAUUGAGCAAAAAGCUGCUGCAUGCUUUACAAAGCUGUACCUACGUAAACUAAUCUUAUUAUUAUUAUUUAUUGAUAUUAUUUUUUUCAUUUGCAAUCUUUUUUUCAGAACAAGCUCUUUCCAACAAUUUCACUUUAUUGGGAAAAAUAUCAAGCGAAAUUGUUGGAAAAGGUGAAAGCUAUCCAAGGGGGCAUUGUGUUAGCGGGAGAUGGAAGACACGACAGCAUGGGACAUAGUGCCAAGUUUGGAGCUUACACUAUGUUUUGUUGUACUCUGCCAAUGAUAAUCCACUUUGCCCUUAUUCAGGUGAGAGUGAAAACUCAUGGUUUAUUCUUCAAAUGUUAGUGAAUUUUACAGCCAGUGUUAGCUUCAAGUUACGUCACCACUGCUGAUGAGAUUAUAUAAGUACAUAAUUUUAGUUCACUGCAGUGAUACAAGCUGGUGGGAGUGACUUCCAUGAACCUUUUUUUAUUAUUGUUUGCAGAGAAACCAGCCAGGAAGCAGUCCUGCCAUGGAAUUCAUGGGCUUCAAGCAAUGCAUGGAAUUUCUGUUGGGCUGUGGGGUUUAAAUAACCACAUUAAUCUCUGAUCGUCACACCACCAUUGCAAGCCACAUGAAGCAGGUGCUCAGCAACAUUACCCAUUACUUUGACAUAUGGCAUUUGAAGAAGAGUAAGUAUCCUAUGAUAAAGUAAAUGUGUAAACCUGUAAUUUUUCACAGUGAUUUCCUUGCAGAUUUACAUUCUCCAGCAAAACUGGCAGGCCUUACUGACACUGCAAACUUGUAUGUUAAAUAUUCAAGUGAAUUAUUUUAGAAAACAUGUAAUAAAAAAUUGAUAUUAUUGUUGAAAUCAUUAAACCACUCAAUGUCGUUUAUCAACGCCAAUCUUUGAAAACCACCCGGCUGACUGAAAUGUUCACUAUGAAUGGUCCAUGACAUUUAUAUUAACCUGUGUGGUAGAUAAAAUCUUUACAUGCUGUAAUGAAUAUAAACUAACAGUAAAUGUCAAUUUAAACUUAAUGGUUGUAAUCUUUGCUUCCCUAGUUUUUUUGUGUACAUGUAGAAAUAAGAAAGGUCCUGAGCAAACUGUCCAAAGAGAAAGGUUGUGAGAUUUUGGCUGAAUGGAUAAAGCCCUGCGAGAACCAUUUGUAUUGGAGUGCGACCACUACCUUCAGCGACCAUGGGAAAGUGAUUUGGGCAAAGUUUAAGACUUUCUUAAGUCACAUUAUUAACAAGCACUCUUCCCUUGGUGAUCCCCUUUUCAACAAGUGUGGACAUGGACAAAUACACCAAAGAAAAUGGCUUCAAGCUGGUAUGUUUCAUAUCAGAAAUAUUAGUACAAAAAGGGAAAUUCUUUUCCCAUUUGCCUUAAAUUAUGCUUGCUUAUGCAGUAGUUUUAUCUAACACAGCAUAGCAGAUAUCCCGGCCUGGUCGCCCUUGUCAUCUUGGCCAGGUUGUUCAAAGCAGGCUUAUGAUAACCCAGGGCUAAUGUGAAAUUUGAAUUGAGAUAUGAACGCGUAAAAAGUAAAGUAAGUUUAUUUCUUUCUACAACUUUAUGAUUGGAUGCAGAAAGAAACCCUGAUUAAGACAUGACUCUUCCCUGCCCCACUUUCAAACAACUGGACCUUGUAGAAUGAAAUGUUGUGUUUGCCUUUAUUGUUUCCUGCUUUUAGAUUCUGUUGCCUAUGAAAAGCUUUACACUGCCUUGACAAAAAAUAGCCUUGUGAAGGGAAUAAAACAAGCAUCACCUUUUGCCCAAACUAGCUGCCUGGAAGGAUUCCAUUCACUACUAAACCAAUUUGCUCCAAAAAUGAUAGCAUAUUCUUAUGUUGGAAUGUAUUGCAGGUAAGAAUAAUCUCCAGCUCCACCGACUCUGCUAAACAAAGAAGUAAAUGGUUUGUGUUUCCUAUUUUAACAAAAAAAGGCCAAUGCAUUUUUUGCAUACAUUUUUUCUUCCUAAAUAAGCUAAAACUGGCCAAAACAAAUGCAGGGCAUGUUUUUCUGUUGAAUCAGAGGUCAGAUGGAAAAAUUUUCGCUGACUUGGAAGAAAAAAACAUCCAAAAUGUGUGUUCACAAAGUGUUAUUCCAAGGCCUUCAUUAUUAAGUGAUAUUACAUUUUUGUAGUUAAAUCUGUAUAACCUAUAUAACAACUUUGAUAUCUAGUUACUUUUUCCGCAUGGCCCAGCCACUUAGCGCAAUUAGCUCUUCCUAUUUCUGAGUGGCUAUGCUCUGCUCUCUUUUUUUCCACAAUUAUAUCCUUUUAGUGUCUUAACACUUUUUGCAUCAAGAGCACAAUAAAGAUUGUUGUUGUUGUUAUUGAUAUCUUAUCUUCGCGGAAACAUAUAGCAUUUAGCCUUAUCUUAAUCUAAUUACUUUUAGUUAGUUACGUUAUGCCUCCUAAGCCAAAGUGAACGUCUCAAACACGCACACAAAGUUCCGCAAAGCAGGCACGUGUGACAGAACUGAUCGUAACCCGUCCGGGACCGGGUGCUAAACAACAAGCUGAAGCCUCGACAGAGCAGCCUCUCAUGGCCGUCAACAUGCAGGCCCUCUUGGCCUCGAUUUCUAAUGCAGUACAGCAAGCUGUUGCACAGGCAAUGAAAGCACAAUGGCCAACCGCACCUAGCCAAAACACACAGUCCACCACGGACCAGUCAGUGGGCAAUGUGGUGAACGCAUCCUUGGCCGAGAUCACCUAA